UAAUCAUUUCAUAUAAUCAAUUCUAUUCAUCACUCUCCACGGUUCCUCUCCACUAAGAAAAGUUUGUCGUUCUUUCUCCUCAUUAAUCAURCCAWUGGAUACUUUACUUAUCAGACAACUUUUGGUCUUUCGUUGCUGUGUUUUGACUUCAAGAUUAACAUGUACGAUAUAGAAAUAUUCGCGUCGUCAGUAAAAUGGAUUCGUGUUUUAUUUUCAGGUUGUCAUGGGAACUUGCUGUUCAAUUCAGGAAAAUARAUCCAACUUCGCUUUGCUUUGUAAGCUUCUUAUUGACAUUGGUACAMCUGUUUACAGGAAUGUACUUAAUUCACUGCACACAUCCGACUCCCUUCAAACUCUGGUAAACAAGCCUAACGUAAAAAACACAUUCGAAGAGUUAAAAAGUAAAGGAACUUUAAACCAAGAACAAUGGAACAAGAUAUAUCCCUUUGAAGUAUCUCUAGAUAUCUCUGGAUUCGACAUAACGCUGCUUUCYUUUCUGCUUAAGAGUAUAUGCAGCUUGAASCGCCYCSCCASKGGAUGGGAUAACGUCCCUUCGUCCUCGGACGUCAGUACAGAAGCUGAUCUCGCAAGAAUUACUUCGAUUAGAAAUCAAAUUCAUGAUUCUACYUCGCACAUUUUCAGUGAUAAAGAUUUHUUGGAUUAUUGGUGUGAAAUUGAACAUGCAUUGAUAAGGUUGGGAGGUACUCGAUUUGAAGAGGAUAUUGACAAGUUGAAAAACUCUUCUAUUGAUAUAAAAGAUAAAGAGUACUUCAUUCAGAAAUUGAAAAGAUGGAAAGAAGAGGAGGAAAAACUAUUGRAUGYAAUGGAAGAGAUUGGGAAUGGAACGCUUAGUCCUACAGCAACAAUUAGKRCUGAAGRAAGCUCUAAAAGCGUGCCUCAUGUKCAGCMGGUUAAAGUGAUUUCUUUUGUAGAUGUUGACGCUUACAUGAAUAGUUUAAAAAGAAGUGUUAAACGCUACACCGAAAGCCUACCCAAUUAUAGCUUCAACACAAUGGUGACUAUGGCAACAGAGGAAAUAUUCAAAAUCAAAAUCAUUGAAACUACCACAGCACAAGAAAUAACUAACCAAAACGCUUGUUUUGAAAUCGAAAARUGUUCAGAUUUAUUCAUAAAUAACCGAGACAAAAACCCAACAAGACUUGUUAUUAUGGCAGGUCAGGGAGUUGGAAAAAGCCUUUUCUGYAUGAAACUGUUAAGAGAUUGGUCAGUUGGACAACUUUUUGUUGACAAUAACGGACCUAAUCUGAAAUUCGCGUACUUUUUGACAUUUCGCGAGUUAAAUCUAAUGGAAAAUCUUAGUUUGACGGAUUUACUGAAUCUCUCUUCGUUGUUGGAUCAUGAUUGUGUGRUAGACGAUGCAUUGAUGGCAUACUUUGUGCAACAUUCUGAUCAGCUAYUAAUAYUGAUGGAUGGGAUUGAUGAGUUUGCGCACUAUUGUCAAAUUGGGAGUACAUUUGAUAAUCGUUAUCCGGACGAUGCGCAUGUUGAAUUGCCAGUUGCUGUUCUGUGUGCGAAACUCCUGCAGCGAAAACUACUUCCACAGAGUGUCCUAAUGGUCACUUCAAGACCAGACGARGCAAAGRAUGCUAUARRGAAGGUGCACUUCGAUAGGCUUUUAGAAAUCAGUUCUAGUACAACGAAAAAUGUCAGUGGACCGUUUCGGUACCAAUUCUGGUAAAGCAUUUUGUAGGUAAUCUCCACAUCU